AUGAAGAGUACAGUACAAGAGGAGGGAACUGCAGAAGGAGAAUCAUCGUUAGAUUUACAGGAGGCUAAAGAAUGUAAUGCUCCAGACACAGCUGAAGUUCCACCAAAAACUACCAGGCGAAGUAAGAAGCUUUUGACUAAUUUGGCUGCAACACGAAAGAAGAAAUGCAACAAACCAGAAGCUGCUGCUGACAUUAAAACAGAAAGUCAAUAUGAGAAUAACCAUGAAUCCAUUUUGACGGCAGCAGGCAGUCCUGUCCAGGAUGAAAGACUUCAGAUGCAAGCAGCUGUUGUGCUGGAAAAGACCCCCCCAAGGCAGCUAAAUUCUCUAAGCCCUUCAAAAGUCCAGUGCAAAAAUCAAGACUUGGAGCCCUCAAUGAGCUCUAAUGCUUCUUCAUCUAGCAUCGAGUGUUCUACUCAGCAGACAAGAAAGCAAAGAGCAGGAAGGGUGAAGCGCGAUCUGUCCACUAGUGGGAAGUUGGGAAGUAGAGAAAAAAUGAUAGAUCAGGAUGUGGCUGAACCUGUGAGCACAAUGGGUCUAUUAGAGCAAAUCAUCCAGGAAUCGGAAAAUCCGGAAGAAGACAACUCUAUGAAUGAGAACCUGAUAGAUUUAUCAUGCCUGCCUGAUUUAGAUAGUCAGAUGUUCCAAAGAAGGCCAAUGGUAGUGUUAUCUCGUGAAGAGGUGGAUAUGGUCUUCCAUGCUCCUGACCACAGUGAUGAUGAGGAUCCAUCUGUGAGUCCUCUGGAUCUAUCAUUAAACACAGAGCUCUCUUUUCCACUUCAGUGCAGCAAGCUCUUGAUGGAUGAUGAAGAAGCUGAGGUUGAGGAUUGUGUGUUUGAAGAAAAUGAGGAAAGAACAAACGAGAGAGCUUCUUGUGAAGAAAGGACGUAUGAAGAUCUGGAGCUAACAGAGUCUGCACAGGCACAACCUGAUAUCUCAAACAUCAGAGACAUUCCUUCCUGCUUAAAAUCAGAGGUGUGCAGUCAGCCAGAAGUAGGUCCAAGCAAAGUAACAACCUCAUGCUCAAUGGAGGAGACUAAACCUCAUCUCCACCCAAUGGCUUGUAAGGAUGGGACAACAGCACUUGAAAGUUCUCCACCUCUGGUUGAUGAUAACGUGGAUCCUUUCUGCAAGAAUCCAGAUACACCCAUGGCCCAAGAAACAACCACCAGUGAACCUAUUUCACAUGGCACUUCAUUGGUGAUCUCAAAUGUCAUGGAGCAAUCUGAGAAAUAUAUGCCUCCAAUCUUACCUAAAGAGUCUGCACCAGCUUCCUCUGAAAUUACGCCCUAUUCAAAGCCGACCCCAAUAGAAAGCGAACUGGGAUCACUGAGGUCUCUACAGGCAACUCAAGAACCGAAGGAGGAAUUGCAAACAUCUCUGGAGGGACAAACUUGGGAUACGUUGCAUGACUUAUCAGAAAAUAUAAAGGGUACACAGGAAUCUCUGAUUGCAAGUCCAGAAGUAAAAGUUAGAAUGCAAGGUUGUGCAGUUGCACCAGAGCUCAAGGAAGACUUCCAGGAAGACGUGUCUGUUCAAGCCAGUAGUGCCGCUGGUUCUUCUGAGCUUUGCAUCAAACCAACAAGGAGGAGCAGAAUUCUGAAGCCUAAACCUAACCUGAGUCAGAAAUCUAGAGGCCCAGCUCUCCUAAGCCAAAGACGAAACCUCAAGACUCACAGUACUUUUGAACCCAAGAGCAGCCAGCCUUCUGUCUCCACUGAGAGGCUGCCUCAUAGUCCUGCUACAGACCAACACAAUGCAUUUGAAGACAUCAGUAUGCAGAAGCUCAACAAAGAUGUGGAGACAUCUCAGUCACAUGCAAUGGAUCAAAUGGAAUCUGAAUCAGUUCCAGAUCUCAGUGAUUCAUCUACAGCAGUACCAGAUCUGCAGAGCGUUGCUGCAGUAACUCAGAAUCCAGCCAGCACUGAUGAGCCUCACGUGGCUUCAGAAUGUAGUAGUAGCAAAUUUGUUGGAUAUGUUGGAAAAAUACCACCUUGUACAUCAUUGCCUUUCCCUCCACCUUCACAGACUAGAGAAGAUACUGGCGUUGGGCAGAUGAUCGUUCCAUCUGAGGAUGUCUGUGCCCCAGCAGAAAUUCUCCAACUAACUGAAGAUGGUCACAAUGGCGAGGAACCCACCUUUAUCUUGACCCUAUAUGAGAUUCCUGUUAAGCAGACCUACCUGCCUUCAUCCAGUAAUGAUUGUGUGAUGGCCCUAGACCUUCCCACAGUUGAAAAGCAGGCUUCUUUGGGAUUUUCUGACCAGACACAUAUUUUAUCUACAUCAGAGUCAUUUAGAACAGAUUCAAUGCCCAUGGAAGGAAGUGGGACUGAGAAAGUGUAUCUGCAGAAUGAUUUGGGUGUCAUUACUAAGGAUCUGGCAGAGAGUAGCAAGGAGCAAAUCUCAGCACACACGUCUCCCGAAAUACUUUCACCACAAACAAAGGAUGAAGGCACUUCUGUAAAUCUGCAUUCUGGAUCAGAAUGCACAGAAACAUUACCUCAAGACCACGUAGACACACAGCAGUGUGAGACGGUUUCUCAUUUGGUGCCGGGUGAUCUCGUCGUUCCUGUCUCAGAGAAGGCUGUAAAAAGCAAGCUUCACAGCAAAGAAGACUCUACAGUUAGUCUUCCAGAAAGACAAGACACUCCAUGUGAAGAGCUAGCAAAGGUAGGAGAUUUGUCAGCUGUGUCCAACCCAUUAUGUCUGGAUUCUACAGAGAAGUCAAAAGAUGUACCACUUUCGUCAGAGAAGAAAAAAGCACCUGCUAGAAGGAGGGAGAGACUAGUCAAGCCACAGCCUAAACUGGUUAAAAGGGCACAUGCUAAAGUCGAGGAGUCGAGUCCGCAGACCACUACACAGAUCGUCUUGCCAUCAUCUCAUGGAAACCUGGCAAGUAUUUCAAAUACCACUGAUGAAAAGUCAGUUGAGAGUAUAUCCUCUAUCGAAGGAAACAUGACCUCUGUUAGUAAAGGUAAAGAACUAAAGCCCAAAUCCACUGCAGAGGAAUCUCCAAAAAUGUCUCAGGGUGACUUGGAUCUCGAGUCAAAACACAUCUCUAGUGCUCUUCAGCUAUGCAGGAAUCCUAAGCUUGAAGAGGAAAGCAGAGGAAAUAUACCAGGACAUACUAUAAUUAAAGAUGAUAUGAAGUCAUCUGCAGAGGACAAAGAAUUAUCAAUGGCGAUGCCCAACGAAGGAGCAAUAGUGCAGCCAUGCUGUGAGGACAGGAGAUAUAGUCUGAUGAAGGCGUCAGGUUCUUCGACUGUGGACAGUGAGAAGACUGAGGCAGAAAGAGACUGGUCUCUAGAAAACAGUCUUCCAAGAGCUGGUGAGCACUUUCAAAAGGAACUCAAAAUUGAAAAUGUGUCCCAGACAUUAAUUGAAGACUCACCACAGUCGCCUUUAAUGGACAAUAACUCCUGUCAAAAAGAGUGGCAAGCAGGAGGUGAAGAGAGCGUGCAGUAAGAAUGACCCGACAGAAACAAUGCUGAGUUUACAAACAUCUCCAGAUGCAGCAUCACCACAACUAACUAAUCUACCUCCGAAUGAAAACAUGGUGCUACUUGAAGAACAGUUACAGAGAAAGCAUCACAUCAUGCCAUGCACUGUUCAUCUCUCAAGUCUUGACACUGCAGACUGGAGUCUCAAACCCCCUCAGUGUGAAGAUUUGCACAGACACAAUGAGUCAACAGUGAUGAGCUCACAGAGUGUAACAAAUAUCUCCGAGGCAUCAUGCAUACCAUCACUGUCUGAGGAGAUGAAAUUGGAAGAACCAGAAUUAGAAAAGAAAUCCCCUACGAGAAGUAAAGGCACGAAAAAUGAAUCUUCAACAGAUAGAAAAUGUGGACAUUCAAACCCACUUCAAACUAUUUCACAAACUCGUCAGCUAACCAUAACCGAUUGGGUAAAGAGAAAGUUGCAUCAGACUGCAGCAAACCAAGAAGAAAAAGAAUCUGAGAAGUCUCUUCAAAUGCAUACAAGAUUAAAAGCCAAAGAUGUGCACCAACUCCUGCCUGAGAAGACACUUUUAAAAUCGGAGCAUGCGGAAGAACUUGAGGGUUCUCACUUAGCCCCUACUUUGGAUGAAAAUAAAGAAGUGAAAAAUCAUCAGAAAUGGUCAAGGAAUCAGCUGAAAUCCCAUCUGUAUCACAGGUAAAGAAAUCACCUGCUAGACGGAGAGCCAAACUGCAGGUGAAACCAAUACUGAACAAAAGAGCACGUAUUAGAAGUGAGGGUGAAACUUCAACAGCUGAUCAGCCACAGCCAUCACGGUUCGCCUCAUCAACACGCCAGAGUGCCCAAACAGCCAGAGAGAAGCAAGAGUCUGACCAUGAAGCUAUUCCACCUGUAAAAGAGGAUUUGAAUAUAUCCAGUAUGAAAGCAGACUCAAAGAGUGCAGAAGCUUCUUUGAUAACAAGUGGAUCUCCCAUAUCUCAAGAUACAUGGCCAAGGGUUGUUCUGCCACGUGUAAAGUUAUGCACUACAGAAGCAGGCGUCUGUUUACCAUCAACCUCAACAGUCUCUCCAGUCAGGGAUUCACAAAGUGCACCUCAAUCAGUGACUCCUCUACAGCUGAAGAAAUCCCCUAUGCAAAGGAGCUCUCCUACAGCCAAUGAGAAUCCUGAUAAUGACCCAGCCAGAGUAUCGCAGUUCUUCCUCUGUGAUAUCUUCACUGAAGUAGACGAGUAAUUUCCUCAGAGACUUUGUGAUCUUGCCAUUGCUGCUCAAUAAAUCAAUACCUCUUAUCUAAAGUAUCCAGUAUAAGCUUUUAAAUCAGACACUCUCCUUAUUGUAGAUUUCGCCUUGUCUUGUUGAAGCAAAUGUACUUUUACUUAAAAAAAUCCUUAAUUUAUAUUUAAUUUAUAUUGCUUGAAUUUUGUUUCCUUCACAUGGAGUUCUUCUCAUUAAUAAGCUAUAGCUUUCUGACUUGGUGCAAUGGAUUAUGUGAUAUAAUUCAUGAUAAAUGUAUGUUGUAUUGUUGUUGCUUUAUUUAUUAUUUGAGAUUAAACACAGUGAUGUCUGUGUAUGUCA